AUGAAGAGCGAGGCACGCCGAGCGCGCGAGCACGCGAUACGCGCCGCGCAGGCCGCCGAGGCUGCCGAACUCCGCGCGCGUCACCUCGAGGAACGAUUCCAAUUCGAGGCGAGGACCACCCCGACGAAGGAUUGGCGACCGGGCGAGGACGUCGAGGUGGACUUCGGCGUCGCCAUGAACGCCAGGGCCGGCGCGUGGGACGAGGAGGACGAGGACGCGUUCACGCUCGCGGAGGCCCUUCGCAUCAGCGAGGAGGAAUUCGAACGCGCCACGCGGUCCAGGGCGAGGGAGGAGGGCGAGAGGCGAGCGCAGGAUUGGUGGGAUCGGGUCUCCGGACACCAACCGGGGGGAGCCGGGGGGACCGACGGAGGACGCGACCCGCCGACCCCGCCGUCGCGGCAGCCGCACUACGCGAGCAGCAGCCCCGUCCACGCCCCCCCCACCCGCGAGCCGUCCAUGGCCACGCCCCCGCACCUCGACCCGUCCUUCCUUCGCGGCCCCGGAGGAGGCUCAGCCGGCGACGAGGCUCCCGGCCCGGUCGACCGACGCGGGGCGCCCGCCGCGGGAUCCAUCGCCCCGGAGGAGCUCGAGGAGACCCGGCAGCUCCUCGAGGCACUCGCGCGGUCGAAGGAGGAGGCUGAUCUCGUGGAGGCGCUGCGACGGAGCGAGGCGGAGUCGACGACGAGGACGACGACGAGGGCAAAAACAACAGACGGCGUCGACGUGAACGACGUUCGUCUCAGCCCGAGGUCUCCCGGCCGCGUCCGAUACGGCGGCGAGGACCUCGACCUGGCGGGCAUGGCGUUCCGUCGAACCGUGUUUGGCGCCGGGGAGAGGCCGGAUCCGAGCGCCCCGCCCGCGGCGUUUCGCGACGGGGGUUCGUCUGGAAAGUUUUUUUUUGGCGGCGACGGGAACGGGUUUUCCGACGGGGGCGGCGAAGGCGAGGACGACGUCGUCGAGCGGCGCGCGGCCGAGCGCGCGGCCGAGACCGAGGCGCGCCUGCGUCGCAUGGAGGAGCGACUCAACGCGGAGAAGGCUGCCGCGGAGGAGCGCCGCGUCGAGCGCGAGAGGGUUCGGGAGGAGCGGGAGCGAAGGGAGCUGGAGGAGCGGGAGAAGGAGGCGACGAGGAGGGCGAACGAGGCGGCGAGGGCGGCGAGGGCCGCGGAGGCGGCCAGGCGCGAGGCGGCGAUGAAAGCGGCGGCGAGACGCGCCGCCGAGGAGCGGGAGGAGUUGGAGCGGGCGAGGGAGCGGGCGGAGGAGCUUCGGGAGGAUGCCGCGAAGCGCGCGGAGGACGACAUCGGCGGCGAGGACCUGCCCGGCGCUCUGCGAGCGCUCGGGCUCGGGGACGUGGACGAGGGCGAUCCGGCGGCGGUGAAGAGGGCGUACAGGAAGGCGGCGCUCAGGUAUCACCCGGACAGGACGCGGGGGUACACGCUGGAGCAGCGGUUAAAGGGGGAAGAGGUGUGGAAGCUCCUGGCGCAAAAGAUGGAGGCGUUUAAUCGCCGGAUCUCGUAGGCGGUUGUCUCGACGAGGCGGCGUAACCAUCUAACGUUCGUCUCUCCUCCUUUCAU